AUGGACCAGGUAGGGCGGGAAGCGGUGAAAGCUCUACCUGGUAGCACCACUAGCAGCACCAGCACUAUCAGCAGCACAAGCAGCACCAGCAAUAGCACCUGUAACACCAGCAGCAGUUGCAAUACCAGUAGCACCAGCAACACCACAUCCAACAUCAGCAGCAGCACCUGCAGAACCAACAACACCAGCAGCAACAGCAGCACCAGCAGCACCAGUAGACAUCACCAGCACCACCAGAAGCAGCACGUCCACCACCACCUGGAGCAAAGUAGUACCAGCAGCAGCACCAGAAACAUCACCAGCAACACCAGCAGCACCACGAGCACCAUCAGCAGCACCAGCAGCACCAGCAACAGCACCUAUAACAUUAGCAGCAGUUGCAACACCAGUAGCACCAGCAACACCACAUCCAACACCAGCAGCAGCACUUGCAGAAUUAACAAAACCAACAACACCAGCAGCAACAGCAGCACCAGCAACACCAGCAGCACCACUAGCAGCACCACCAGCAGCACCACUAGCAGCACCACAACAGUACCUGAAACACCAGCAGCACAAGCAGAACCAGCAGCACCACCAGCAACACCAGCAGCAGGACCAGCACCACCUGCAACACCAGCAAUAGCACCUGCAGAACCUACAACACCAACAGCAACAGCAGCACCAGCAACACCAGCAGACGCACCAGCAGCACUAGCAGCACCAGCAGCAGCACCAGCAGCACCAGCAGCACCAGCAGCACCAGCAGCAGCAUCAGCAGAAGCGGCACGUCCACCACCAGAAGCAGCGAACACCACCAGCACUAUCAGCAGCACCACCAGCACCAGCAGCAGUAUCAGCAGCACCAGCAGCACUAGCAACAGCACCUGCAACACCAGCAAUAGCACCUGCAGAACCUACAACACCAACAGCAGCACCACAGCAGCACCAGCACCACCAGCAGCAGAACCUGCAACACUAGCAGCACCAACGUCACCACCACCAUCAGCACCAGUAGCAGCAGCACCACCACCACCACCACCACCAGCACCACCAUCACCAAUAACAUCAGCACCAGUAGCAUCAUCAGCACCAGCAAUACCAGCAGCACCACUAGCAGCACCUGCAACACUAGCAGCACCAGCGUCACCACCACUACCAGCACCAAGCAGCACGGGCAGCACCAGCAACACUAGCAGCUCCAACAUCACCACCACCUCCACCAGCAGCAGCAGCAGCAGCACCACCACCAAUAACACCAGCACCAGUAGCACCAGCAGCAGCAGCACCAGCAGCACCAACAACGCCAGCAGCACCAAUUGCGGCACCAGCACCACCAGCACCAACAGCACCACCAUCACUACUAGCACCAUCACCAGCAGCACCAGGGCGGCGGAAGGCUAUGGGCCGCCAAGGGUAGGAGAAGAGGAGGAAAUGGAGGAUUUGGGUGCUUCGCUGCUAGCGCCAUGA